AUGCCUCGACAUUCAAACUUUUACACUGAAGAAGACCUUGAAGAUGAUUAUGAUGAGCACGAACAUGAUGGUCAUGAUGACCAUGAUGAAGAUCCAGUUCUUAGACUUCAAGACUUUAUUCUACACGGAAUUGAUGCAGAAUCGUCUAAAUUUAUUCUUUCUGUCUUUCCUAAAAUUAAAACUGGAGAAGAAGAAGGUCUUCUUGUAGAUGUGCUUGAACGCAAUGAUGGAGAUGAAGAGGCAAGCAUCAACGAAAUUUAUGAAUUGGCUCAAAAAGAACAUGAGAAGAAGAAACAACAAGCAAGCAAUAUUGUGAUUAAAUCCAAAUCGAGUGACAACAAGUCAAACAAAAACAAGCAAAAAACGACACAACAAGCAUCACCGCAACAGCAGCAGCCUUCACAACAAAAGAAUCAAAAAACACCAGGAUCAACAGGGAAGAACAAGAAAAAAGAUAAGGAUACUAAGAGUAAUAUCAUUUAUGUGACAGAAUUGGAUCAUUCAACAGAAAUUUCUGGAACACCCACACCAACCACAGAAGUUUCUGAUGCUAUAUUUUCUACUCUCUCUGAACAUAAGCAAGAUCAAAAUUCAUUAGAUUUUGAUACGAGAACGUUAGAACGAGGAAUGUCUGCUGCUGGACGUGGAAGAGGAAGUUUACUCCUCUCCGGAACAUCAUCGUCAGCACAACUCCAAACACCAGCGGGGAGAGGUGCUUCUUUACUUUCCUCUUCAACUUCGAAUCCAACCGUUGUUGUUUCUCGUAGUAGUACGAAUGCUACAACCGUAACAACAAGUACCUCCACACCAGGAGGAGGAAGGGGUUCUGGUUUUAUCCAUUCAUCUUCAUCGGCAACAACCACUUCUCCUAGUACUAUGAAAACAACAACCAUCAUAGCAGGUGGUCGUGGAAGUAGUCUCCUCUCAAAACCAUCUCAGCCUGUCAUUACAACAGUAAUUACACCAACAAUAACUUCAUCAGACGUGAGUAGCAGUAGUACCUACAGCAAACCAAUCCCACCCUCUGCAUCAUCAACCUCAGCAACUCUAAGUAAUACUGCUGCUGUUGGGAGAGGAUCAAGUUUCUCUUCCAUAAACAUAUCGGAGAAAAGCUCCACUCGUGUGAAAAACAUUCCUUCUCAAACUCACUACUACUCAUCGUCCGAGGAUGAAAGAGAUGACGAAGAGCUCUCCUCCGACGAAGAAUAUUUACGGUCUGUGUCUUCCAAGACGAAAUCAACAAAUAAGACCAAUAUUGACAAACAAGAUGAAGAUUUGAGCGAAGACGAGAAAAUCGUUUCCUCCAAAUUAUCAAAACCAUCACCUCUUCCCUCCCGAGAAAAUCAUCAACAAUCUAAACAACCGCAGCAGCACGAGUUCGCAGCAACAGCUUCCACAUUUGCUCAAUGUCUUACCACCUCCCUUGCCAACGAAUCUUUUGCAAAAACCUUUUUUUCCAACUCUCCCGAACGCUUGUCUCCCUAUUAUGAAGUUCUUAAAUUAUUGAACAACAUAUCAAAACAACAAUCGAACAUUCCCGAAAUUUUUACAUUCAAUACUCCAUCUCCAGAUGAUCUUGUUCAAUCUGCUAGGUCACAACACAAGACUAGUCAUCAACCUCUCGAAAAUUUCCAACCUAUUCAAAAAAAGCAAACACCAACAAAAUCGAAAGGAGAUACCUCAGAAAAAAAGAAAGAACCAGCAUCUCCAGUUCCCAAACACACCACAGGAAAACAAAUUAAGCCGCCUCAAGAUUCUGAAAAGAAACGAAUUAAUGUUGUUAUUAUCGGCCAUGUUGAUGCAGGAAAAAGUACCUUAAUGGGGCAUAUUUUAACGAAGAUGGGGUAUAUUCCAGAGAAAACCCUACACAAAUUUAAGAAAGAGUCUGUGGAAAUUGGAAAAUCAUCGUUCCACUUUGCUUGGGUCAUGGAUGAACAUGAGGAAGAACGAAAACGUGGUGUAACAAUGGAUGUUGGUGUAAAAUAUUUUGAAACUGAACAUCGUCAUGUCACCAUUUUGGAUGCACCUGGACAUAAGGAUUUCAUUUCCAAAAUGAUUACAGGAGCAGCCCAGGCAGACUUUGCCAUCUUAGUUGUAGAUGCCACUCCUAAUGGAUUUGAAACCGGAUUCACAAAUGGAGGACAGACCAAAGAACAUUUAAUUCUCGCUAGAAGUUUGGGAGUGGAACAAGUUAUUGUAGUAGUUAACAAGCUAGAUACAGUUUCAUGGUCGAAGGAGAGAUUUGAUUUUAUUGUAAGCCAGUUAAACGAUUUCAUGAAACAAAUAGGAUAUCAAACCCAAGAUAGUAACCACGUUUUUUAUAUACCAGCAAGUGCUUUCCACGGUGAUAAUCUUAUUGAAAGAUCCUCUCAAGUACUAUGGUAUGAAGGUCCAACAAUUGUUGAACAAAUAGACAAACUCGAUCCAAAACCUAGAGAUACUGAAAAGGCUCUAAGAAUGUCAGUUUCUGAUGUCUACAAAUCCUUGGCUACUGGAGUUACUAUAGCUGGUAAAAUUGAAACGGGAACUCUCUCUGAAGGUGAUGAGAUCAUUGUAAUGCCUAUUAAGGAAGUGUGUACCAUCAAGACUAUUUUUAGAAACAAGCAACAAGUGAAGUAUGCAUACGCAGGAGAUAACGUUGAAAUUGGGUUGGGUAAUAUCGAUAUUGAAAAGUUGAUGGUUGGCCAAAUUAUUUGUCCUGUAGGAAAUGAAAUUAAGGUCACAAAUAGAUUUCGAGCCAGAAUUGUCACAUUCGACAUGAAAAUACCAAUCCUUAAGGGCUCCCAUGUUGUCCUGCAUUUACACAAUAUUGAUGUUCCUGCUGUCAUUACAACACUUGAAUGUACUCUUAACAGGCAACAAGAGAUUGUGGAAAAGAAACCAAGAUGCAUUCUUAAAAAUUCGAAUGCUAUUGUCGAAAUUACGACAGAAACACCAAUAUCGAUAGAGCAAUAUUCUGACUUUCCAAAGUUUGGACGGUUGACUAUCAGAUUAAGCGGAGAAACUGUGGCAGCCGGCGUUGUAGAAGAAGUGAAGAAACCCAAGAAAAAGAAAGAAGGAGUUUAA